UUUAUACAUAACCCUAAUAAUUUAAAAAAAUGUAUUUCCAUUAACUUAUCAAUCCCAAAAACCACAAGUUUAUCCCGAAUAAUGGAUUGCUCUAAAGAACCCCCAAAAAGGGUGUAAUCUAUGUGCUAAAGAGACACUUGAAUGCCCACCCAAUGGAUGGAGCACGCAAAGAUACAAUUCUGUGAAGCCAUAGGAAAAAUUGUUGAUUCAAUACUAUCUGCUUGAGAUGGCACAUGCUCACAUGUGCCAACCCCACUCUCCUUUAUGGGUUGCUUGCUCUGGCCCGACUCGCAUUUCCCUCACAUGAUAUUCAUAUUCUUACAUCCAUUUGGCGACCUGUGCCGUUCACAUUCAAAAGAAUUUUCGCCAAAAAGCUUCAGUCCCCUUCACUCUCCUUAACACGCAAAAUCUCAAGUUUACUUCUUUUUUCUUACCCUUUAGACUUGUCUGCAACACUAAAUUCCUAGUUGUUUUGCUCCUAUUCGAAGUUUGCAUUUUGAGGAGAUCCAUUUUGAUUGCUUUCUCGAUCCAAUUUGAGUGAUGUGAUGUGAUGGGUCGCCUCUGAUUCUUGAUUUCGUUAAUUGCGGGGCCUCUUGAUUUGGUGCUCUAAAGACUCGAAUUUUAAUGCUCCCGGAUCCAAUCUGAGUCAUGGGUCGCGUUGAAUUCCAUUGUCGGUGGUGAAUUGUGGAAGGAGCCGGCAAAGAUGCGUCGGCGGCCGGCCGAGUUCCGGCGCCCGGUGAGGAGGAGGUUUUCGUGUUGGAUCUGGACGGUUUUUGGGUUAUUGUCAGUUGCUGGAUUUGUGUUGUUUGUUGUUCAUCACCAUCAUCUCGACGAGGAUCAGGUUGAACACCCAGUACUGGACAAAAGUGAAAAAAGUGAGCAUGUUACCAGUGCAGGUGUAAAUUUUACUGAAGAAAUAUUAAGUGCCAGUUCAUAUGCUCGGCAAUUAGCAGAACAAAUGAUACUUGCAAAAGCUUAUGUCAUUAUUGCGAAAGAGCAUAACAACCUAGACCUUGCUUGGAAGCUCAGUUCGAAGAUCAGAAGUUGCCAACUUUUGCUAUCUAAGGCUGCCAUGAGGGGUGAGGCCAUCACAACUGACGAAGCUGAGCCAAUCAUUAAAAGCCUAUCAUCUCUAAUUUUUAAGGCACAAGAUGCCCAUUAUGACAUUGCAACCACCAUGAUGACAAUGAAGUCACAUAUUCAAGCACUUGAAGAACGUGCGAGUGCAGCAACAGUUCAGAGUACAGUGUUUGGACAAAUAGCUGCAGAAGCAUUACCUAAGAAUCUCCACUGCCUGCAUGUCAAACUCGUUGCUGAUUGGCUCGUGAAGAAGUCCCUGCAAGAGCUUGCGGAUGAGAAAAGGAACUCCCCCCGCCUUGUUGACAACAAUCUCUAUCAUUUCUGCAUAUUUUCUGACAACGUUCUGGCUGUUUCAGUUGUUAUCAACUCAACUGUCUAUAAUGCUGAUCAUCCAACACUGCUUGUUUUCCACAUUGUGACAACUGGAGUAAACCAGGGGGCAAUGCAGGCUUGGUUACUGAGCAAUGACUUCAAAGGAUCGACAAUAGAAGUACAGAACGUAGAAGACUUCACUUGGUUGAAUGCUUCUUACUCUCCUAUUGUCAAACAGCUUCUUGAAACAGAUAAACAAGCCUACUAUAUUGAAGGUUCCCAAGAUGCAAAAAUUGAGCCGAAGUUCAGGAACCCAAAGCACAUAUCUUUGUUGAAUCACCUUCGGUUCUACAUCCCAGAGAUCUAUCCCCAGUUGGAGAAGGUAGUUUUUCUAGAUGAUGAUGUUGUUGUCCAGAAGGAACUGACCCCUCUCUUUUCACUGGAUUUGCAUGGAAAUGUGAAUGGAGCUGUUGAAACUUGUCUUGAAGCAUUUCAUCGCUACUACAAGUACCUAAACUUCUCAAAUCCAAUCAUUAGCUCAAGAAUUGACCCUCAGGCCUGCGGGUGGGCAUUUGGCAUGAAUGUUUUUGACUUGAUUACAUGGAAGAAAGCGAAUGUGACUGCUCGGUACCACCACUUGCUGCAGCAGAAUGUAGAUGGGUCACUCUGGAAGAUGGGAACACUUCCUCCGGGCCUUUUAGCUUUCUAUGGGCUGACUGAGCCUCUUGAUCGUAGAUGGCACGUGUUAGGAUUGGGUUACGACCACAAUAUUGAUGACCGCCUGAUCGAUAGCUCGGCUGUAAUCCACUUUAACGGGAACAUGAAACCGUGGCUCAAGUUAGCUAUUGGCAGGUACCGGCCUCUAUGGGAACGGUACGUGAACCACAGCCACCCAUAUAUUCAAUACUGUGCCACAAGUUAAAAUCAUACUCCUCGGUUAUGGGUAUUUUAUGCAUUCUCAGUAUCUGAAAUGUAACCGCGGUAUUGUAGAGUCGUCAGACGUAGAAAAUUUUGGCCAUUUUAGGACUUUUCCCUUUUUAUCAUUAUUUUCAUUUUGAUUUGUUGAGAAGGAAUAUACAGUAGAAAGCAGCAUUUUUAUUGCGCAAAAGGGUUUCGGGGGAUCCAAUUUUUUGCCGAUGGGGUUUUCUUUAUCCCCUUCUGCAAGCUGUAGAGAAUUGUUUGUUCUUUAGCAGUUCUUGUAAUAAUCUCUCAGCUCUUUCAGAUUAAUUGCAAUAUGUAGUUGAACCCAUAUACUAUCUCUAUAGUUUGUAGUGCUUUGUUUGUGCUCACUUCAAACCAGAUAAUCUGGUCAUUGUGGAAUCAUAUUUGGAACGCAAGCUUUUACCAUAUUUUAAGAGAGAGCUCAUAUUUGCUGUA